CCUAAAGACACGCAUGCGCAUUCAAUUAAAGUUUUCCGUUGUCAAGUAUGGAGGCUGAACCAGCGGGAGAGGUAGGUGAAAGUAAAGUAAUGCAAGCCGUUUGUUACGAAUAUUUAGGACAAACAGAUUAUUUAAAGUAUUUUUUAGUAUUUUUAGUAGUAGGCCUAAGCCUAAAUACUUUUUUAAAAAUAUACAAAGUGCUAUUUAAAUAUUAAAUGCUAUUGAAUUUAUUACACUUAAAAAUGACCCAUUGUUCAACCAACAGUUGGAUCAUUGUUCAACCAACAGUUGAUCCCUUGCCUCCUCCUGGCCCUGGCUUAUUAUAAUUAUAUAGCUAUAGAAAUUUAUUUUAAUUAGUUAUCAGUGUAAUAGUAAUAAAUAACUAAUAUCAGCUUAAAAAUAUCAGACUCGAUCUUCAUUAUUGUUAGUGCUAGUACUCGAUUGGCUUAGUCUUCACUUAGAUUAGACUUCUUAGUAAUUAGAAGUAGACUAGCCUAAGUAAGUAGUAUUUUAGUCUUUAGAUAGUAGUUUAAAGGUAAUAAUAUAAUAGUUAAUUCCCUAGUGGGGGUGUGCAACUUUUUUCUUUAUAAUUUAUAUAUUAAAUAAGUCAAUUAUCUGAUAGAAAAUAUUUGGGAGCCCGAAUGAUUAUUUAUUAUCUCUUCUUUUAUAUAAAUUUUGCUUCUGGUGGGUUCUUCCUUAUAACAACUGGCCCUCCCCAACUCCACAAUUAACUUUUUUGUCACGCUGAGAGGUUUGAUGCAUGACGUCUGAACUCCGUUCAGCUUGAUUUUUUUUCUUUAGGGUGAGGCGACUAUUAUAUUAGGCUGUGACUAUUUGCACCCGGGUACCUGAAGUGAGAGGUUGGGAUUAAAAAAUUAUUUAAAAUAGUUUUGUUGGGUUUGUAAGACAAAAUGAGAUAUCAAAUGAAAGAUAACUGAAUGGACUAUAUGUUUGUAAACUUACUUCUUCAGUUGAACUAAAAUAAACUACCACAAAUGACAUCCGAAUAGCAUUGAGUCUAAUGGGACCCGGGUGCGAAUGGCGGCGCUGCUUGUCCGGAGCAUUUUGACUAAAGUUGUCAUGUACUAGCUUAUUGAGUGCAUUGAUAGACAAGGAAAAUAUGACAGUUAACUAAUACAAUGAUGCAUUAUUCCAGGACAGUAAUAGUUCCUCAUUAAGGCAGGUGAAUGAUUCACCUCAGUCUCCUCAGUCACCUAAAGAUAAUAGUGAUGAUGAAGAUAUUCCUCCACAAACAAACAAGUUCAGGGCUGCAUCAAUAUUUGAAAUAUAUCGGGUAAUUAUUUUUCAUCUCGAUAGUAUUUGUUCAGCUUUUUUGUACUGCAUUCAAUUUUUGUCCCUUCAAGACUUUCUUAUGUGUGUAGAAGUAUAAUUACAAAGUCUCAUAAUGACCAACCUUUGCAGCUAUUUUUGUAGUCAAACAUUUUAUAUUUUAACACUUUCAUUUCAAUUUAUUGUCUUUCAUUGUCUCCUCAUGAAAACAUAUUAGUUAACAUCAAGUUUUAUCAUACUAAAUGUUAACUCCUCAUGAUUGCCGAUUGUUCACCUUUGAAGAUUCUUCAAUGCAUUGUAAGGGGCUCCCCGGGAAGUGUGUAUGUGGUGAAAAGUAGAGAAACUAAACAAAAAUAUGCACUUAAAAAGGUAAGAUAGGCUAUUUGAGGCUAUCAAUAAUCAUAUUUCAAAAGUAUGACAAAUUACAUAUGCAUUUUUUUUUAAAACUUCUUAGGUUUGCUUCUGGUUAAGGUUUUUUUUCUUUCCGGAAAUUAAUAUUUUCAGAAAACUAAAAUUUUUACCCUACCAAUUUUAAUACACAUUUUUUCACAUUGUUGAUAGAAAUAAGUGUGUUUGAGAUAUCUGAUCAAAUAAUGUGUUAAAUCGUUGUACUAACAUGUGUUUUUUGUUGCAGGUUGAAUGCCAGGAUGAGAGUGCUGCAAUCAAAGCCUUUGUUGAAGUAAGUUCAUUGUAUUACUUUUUAAUUAAAAAAAAAGAAUUAAUUUUGGUUUGAUUUUUUUAAGUCUUUAAAGCAAUUUAACUGCAUAGUUUUUACAUUGUUAAUUAUAAACACAACAUUCUUAUUACAAAAUAACAAUAAAUAUUCAAUAAAUUCAAUUUAUACUAUUGAUAUUGCAUCUUAUUUCUGUUGUAACAUUUGUUUAUUAAAUAAAAAAACAGGAAAUGGAGCUUAAAAAGUUGGAUCACUCAUAUGUGGACAGAUACCAAGACUUCUUUAUAACAUAUGAACAAGGGGUGAGUAACAAUGACAUAAUAACAGGAUUUAUUUAUCCAUUUAUUCCAAAAAAUCUUUUAGCUAACCAUAAUUUCUAUUUAAUUUAUUAUUUGUAACCGACAGUCCUGAAUGGGGGAAUCUUGUAUGUUUCCUCUGUUAAAAUUCAUAUCAAAUUAAGUUGGUUUUUGUCUAUAAUUUUAUAAACAGGACUCAUCUGUGUUCCUAAAUAUCAUCUCAAACUAUUACCCUGAUGGAGAUUUGAAGAUGUGGAUCAAAUCUUAUCAGGAUAGAAAACAAAUGAUUCCAGAGAAGGUAAGAUGAUUAUUCCAAAAUCUGCUUAUUAGUGUGCUCUUAGCUGUUUCAGUAAAGAUGUCAUGUAAGGGGAGCUUUUUUUUGUUGAAAAUCUACCGUAACUCAUUCACUGCUUCUCUUGUCCACUCUUCCCUUGAACAGGCAAUCAAGAAAAUUCUUGGUGAGAUGUUGGAAGGCCUGGUCUAUUUACGUGACAAUGGAAUCAUACACAGGUACAAUUACAGUAAAGUUGAGAUAUAAUAAACUGUAUUGGGGGUUUUCAAUCCUUUUUUAAUAAGUUAAAAGCUUAAUAAAAGUGUGUAUGUUCUUAUCUUAUUUAAAUAAAAUGUUCACUGGCGUAUAAAUAACCGAUGAUAGAUAUGUGAAGAACUUUACAUUUAACUUGUUCUUUUUUUCAGGAAUAUCAAACCAAGCAAUAUCUUCAGGAAAAAAACAGGCGCAACAGUUUUAGGAGAUCUUGGUGUAUCUACCAUCAUGGGGGAUCUACGAACCAACACAAGACAAACAUUUAGUAAGGUCUUAAGAGGCAGAUAAAAUAUAUAUGAAUUUUUCAAUAAUAAGCUAGUUCAAGACCUGUCAAAAUGUAAUAUAAUUAAUAUGCUUAAGCAGCCAAUUGCCUAGUCUUGAAAAAAUGCUUUUAUUUCCCACAGAGGGAAUUGUGUUCAUGGCUCCAGAAAUAGCCACACAGUCACACGAUGAGAAAAGUGACCUUUACUCACUUGGAGGGGUACUGCUCAACUUGCUUACUGCCCACUUAUUUGAUGAAGAUGAGUUUUAUAGAAAGCUGGGGGAAAUCAAGGAAACGCCAGAAGUAUUGAAUGAAACCUUGGAGUUGAUUUCUGAAGUAAGAUUCUAAAAAUACACAUUUAUCCAUCUUGUUUUAUGAAACCUAUCAACAUUAUGAUCUUUGUUAUGUUCUAAAAAUAUAUAAAGCAGCAUAUAGGUAUCCACACAGCUGCAAAAUUACUGUAUUUCAGUGACAAUAAAAAUGAAACAAAAUAAAAUUGCAAGCUUAAAUUAAGUAAAUCAAUUGUUUUGGUCCAAUGAUAAAAGGCAAAGGGUAAUAAAGUAUUAUACACAUAAAUCACAGUUGCCAUAAAAUCUAGCAAGAGAAAACAUUAUUUUCUUUCAAAUUUUCAUCUCAACCCUGCUCUAUCAAUUUUUUGACUGUAAAAUUAUACGAUUUUUAUUAUUUUAUUUAUUCUCAGAAAUAUUCCAAGAAUAUGGUGAAUACUGUACAAUUAUUGCUACGUUACAAACACAAUGCUCGGCCAACUAUUCUGUAAGUGUAUUGCUUUAAUUAAGCUUACUCAUGCUACAUUUUAUUCCCAGUCAUCUAAUCAUUUAAUUUUCUUGGGAAUGACCAGAUUAUGAAACCUGUUAAUUUUGUCUCUGCUUUUAAAAUAUCAUGUGUUUUUAUUAUGUAAUAUGAUGAGUCAACUGAAAGAUUUGGAACUGCUAGUGCUGUUUCUCAAUUUGUGCUCUGCAGAGCCCCAAGGGCUCCAUAUUUAGGGCUCCUUAUGCACUUCUCAGGGGUUACCUGGCCACUCCAGAAAAUAAAAUAAAAGUGUUAACUUUUAAGACGUAGGGUUGGCCAAAGCCCCCCCCCCCCCCCCCCCCCCCCCCCCCCCCCCCCCCGAAAUUAAUCCUAGGGAAAGGGCUUUGCAAGUCAAAAAGGUUGGGAACCCCUGCUUUAGAUUAUGCUGGUGGGAGGGGAAAAGCAUGCUCACCAAGCUUUUUAAACUAAUGUUUGAGGAUUGUUUACAAAUAGUAAAUUCCAGGACCAUGUCAUGGAAACUAAAAUAUAGCUAAAUUUCUUUUUACAACAGAAUAAUUUUGUUCAUUUCUCAAUCCAUGAAUUUUAUUUUAGUGAAUUCAUCAAGUCUGGGUUCAUUCAAGAAUGUAUGGCACAAGUCGACAGUUCUCAGAUAGACAAAAGGUCGAGACAGAAGCAGACAAAAACCACAAAAAUAUGUAAGAAAAAUAUGCAACUGAAAUUUGUUUGCAAAAAAAAAAAAAAUAUUUCUGAUCCCAAAAUAUCUACAAAAAUUUAAACCAUUGAUAACUACCGGUAAUUUAAAAUGUAUAUUCCUAAUACCCCUUUAAAAAAAGAAAAGACCUUUUUGAGAGAUUUUGAUAUCACACUUUGUAACCGAUACGUAAUCAAAAUGACAGACUUUUUCAUCCAAAUUUGGUAGUAAAAUAAUAAUAGCAAAUAUUUGCCUUCUUUCUAUUAAAGAUCCCUUGGGGGAAAGAUAUAACAUUGCUAAAGUGAUUGAAUACAUUGCUGACACAAUUGACCAUGACACCUGCGUGGCUGAGGGCAUGUCGGCCCUGGCAGACUUAGUCCGAGAUGAUGAGUCGGCCUACACACAAAUAGAUCAGAAAGCCAGGAAUCUGAUCUCUCUAGCCAUGUGGGACCAUGUCUUCAACAAGGAAGCCCAAAUUGCUGGCUGUUAUGUGCUCAGCAACUUAGCAGUGUUUGGUAAUUAGCUUUUAAAUGUACUCACCGAAACAUGAUGCACAUUGUAUGAACAUCUCACAUGAACUUAUUUCCUUUUUAAAUGUUUAAUUUUCAUCAUGUUCCUUUGAAUUUAUAAGAAACUAAGGUCUAAGUGAAAUAAAAAAAGAUUUUAUAAAUUGGAUACAGGGGAGGUUAUUUUAAGUAUUUACUCAAUUUCAAGUGUUCUUAUUGUUUUUUAUACCUUCAUCCACAGCUCAACCAGAUGACAUUUUAUUUACACCCCCUGUGAUUACAAUAAUUCACAAAAUUAUGGCUGUAAGUUUUACAUCUAAGCUGAUUUUUGUCAUCACAUGUCAAGAUUUUUAUCACCUUACCAUUGACUUCAUUCUACAUAACAACAAAAAAAUGCUUAUUUUAUUUGUGACAUUAUAAUUCUGCUCCACGUAAUUUCUGACAGUAUGAUUCUGUUCCACAUGUUACUUGUGUCUAGAACUUUUUUAAACCCCUGUAAUCGAAACGCCAUGUCAUAACUGUACUAACAUUUUGCAACACUGAUAUUCCAGGCACAUGAAUACGAGCCUGAAGUUCAACUCGCUGCCGCUAAUUUGAUUCUGGCCUUAUCAGCGGACGGUGCGUAUGUUGUCAUUAUUAGAUAUUCAAAAAAUAAAAUUGAAAUAAAUUGGUAAUCGGCGAUCAUUAAAUGAUUAGAUGACUAGGAAUAAAAUGUGGCAUGAGCAAGCUUAAUUAAAGCUAUACACUUACAGAAUAGUUGGCCGAGCAUUGUGUUUGUAACAUAGCAAUAAUUGUACAGUGUUCAUCAUAUUCUUGGAAUCAGUUUUAAGAAAUGUAUAUCAGAGGGAAACAACACUGCUGCUGCCAGUUAAAUAGGUUUAUAAAUGUUAAAUAUUUGGUAGAGAGAUAAGGUCAAAAUUGUAGUUAUUUCCUAGGAUCAGCAUUAUCCUAUUCUAUGUGACCUUUGUGGGUCAUGUUAUAUACUAUUUCAUGUAAUUCUUACAUUGUUUCUAGAGUGCUAUGCAUUGUUCCCCCUUGACUGAAUCCUAAAAUGUAUUCAGACAUUGCUGUCAGUGCCCAUUCAUUGUAAUGCUGUCUUUUUUCUUUUUUUGUCAACAUAAAUUUUGCUAUAUCUUUAUCAGAGAAAGCAGCUCGUAUGAUUGUACAGCUUGGUGGGAUCCAUGACAUUUUGAAAGCCAUGAGACAUUCUCGAUACCACGCCUCAUUAAAUGCUAUUUGCUGCAUGGCUUUAUGGAGUCUAGCUGCUGAUGGUAAGCAUUGUAUAGUUUUGCCAUUACUGAAAGUCUUAAGUAUGGUACUCCAAGUAGAUCAUUUUAUAUUAAAUUUCAUUGCUUAAAUCUCUCUUCAUUACCAAUACAUUUCAUUGCAACAAGGCUUUAAUACUUUCUGUUUGAAACAACCUGAUGGUCCUUAUAUUUAUUGUUUCUAUAGUUGAGAACUUAAAGGUAGCAGGUAAAGAGAAUGCAGUGAAGGAUGUGUGCAUAGCUCUCAGCACACACAAAGUUUCACCUGAAGUCAGCGAGUCAGCUGCUGCUGCACUCAUCUCCUUGUUGUUAGAUGGUAAUAAAUAUGUGAAGUAAUUACUGGGACAUUGCUUGUAAUUUACCUGCAUUAUAUUUAUAGCAUUGCAAUAAAUUUUAAGUGGAUAAGAACUGCUCUAACAUGUGACUCAAUCAAAAUUAAUGCGAAUUUAAAUUAUUUUAAAUUAAUUGGAGGUUUGAAAAUUAAUUUAGACACAUUAUAUCUUUUAUGGCACACUGGAGUGCAAAAAAAUAACAUUGGAGGAGAAUGAACACAUAGAGGGAGAUAAUAAAGAGAGGGAAAUAUAUUCACCAUUGUCACCACAUUUAUCUAAAGACCCUAAGUAUGAGAGGAGCCAUUUUAAACUCCAUACAUAAUCAACUCACCGUCCUCUGUUCAGACGGCUGCUAUGAUCCUUUCAAUGAGCUGGACUGUGUUGGAAACCUCAUCUUUGCCAUCCACCUCCACACUCAAAAUGCUAAAGUUGUUAAAAACUGCUGCAAGGUUCUGGCGACCGUUGUUAAUGCAAAUGGUAAUUGUAUUCAAAUUUCAUGUGCAUAUCUUUUAUUAAGAAUUAUUACAAAGAAUUUAUUGAUGAAGGAAAAAUUAAAAUUUUAUACAAAUCUUAAGUAUUAAACAGUGUAAAAAAUGAUAAUUUUCUUAAAGUUUCAUGAACUAUGUUUCCAGAGGAAUGUGCUUUUCGCUUUUUAACAAGUGCUGAACCUGACGACGAUGCCCCAACUGGGAUCCCAACAAUCCUAGAAGCUUACAAACUCCAUAAAGACAAUGCCAUGGUUGUAGAAGGCAUCGUGCGCCUGCUGCUGGAAUUAUCAAUCUAUGGUGGGUAGAGAGAAAACAAAUUCUCACAAAAAUCUUGUACUCCCACAUUCAGCCUUUCUGCCCCAUGUGGGAUCAUAUAAUACUUUGAUAUUACUGAGCUGCAUUCUUUGUUUAAAAAUGCUAAACAACUGAGGUUUAAAAUAUUGAAUUUGCUGAGAGUUUACCAUCAAUCCUAAUGCUUUUAUUUAUUUUCUAGAUGAAAUUUGCCUUGAUCUUAAGGCGGCUCAAGUGAGCCAACUAGUAAAUGAAGUUCAAAGAAAGUUUGUCAAUAAUAAGGUAUCCUCUAGGUAGCUGCUUGCCGUAGCCACUUUUAUAAAUGUGUGCGAUUUAUUAUUUGCUUUACUAACCAUGUAUAAUGCUACGUAGCACCUCAUAAUGUAGCUUAUAUUAGACACUUCACUUUUCACUUAUUUAUCUUUUGCACAUUAAUUCCUAUAAAAUGUCUCUAAAAUCCUUGAUUGCUGUUGAAUAUAUUGCUCUUGAGUCAGUUUAGAUCCCUAACAAAGUUUUGAAAUCAAAUCAAGUGAACAGUCAGCUACAAGGAUGAUUGUUGGAGAUAUUCAAUAGCUUAAUAGCUUUCAAUUUUUUUUUUAAAUAUUCAGACAUUUAUCAAUAUUGUGGCUUACCUUACACAUGUAACUGUGCUCACAUAACAAGAUAUGCUGAUAUAUCAAUUGUGAAUACCUGUAAGCAUAAUUAUAUGACCCAUAUUAACCAUCAAGUUAACCUGUAGAAUACCCCCUUAAACAACCCUGUUGACAAAUUAAAGUGAUGAGAUUGUUUCAACAGUGAAACUGUCACCAGUCAGAAAAUUUAAUUGGAGUACCCUCCACACCGUCAUGGUUUGUAAUCUGUGUUCAGAAUAGGUAAUUUUUGCAACGGAUGUAGUUACCCGGUACUGCUUAUAAGUUUAUUAUAAUCAUAUUUUAUGCAUCGAUUGUAAAAUUGAACAUGAAUUAUUUGGUAAUAUAACUAAUGAAUAGUUCUUGAUGUGACCUGGUUCCACCACCAGAUGAUAUAAAUAAUGAACUACAAGCUGCCAACAUAGUGCCUUUGAUUUUAUCAGAGAUUCUCAAACGAUACAAAGAAAAUAAGGUAAAAAAAAAAAAAGAAAGAUAUUUCUUGAGUUAAAUCUUAGAAUUUAUUGUUUGAAACUCUUUUUUUUUCUGUAACCAUUGUAUGUCACUAAAGUUACUAUAUAUUCUUAUUUUUUUUUUUUAUUUUUCAAUUUUCUUUUCUUGUUUUUAUUUUUUUUUUUUUUUUUUAUUUUUUUUUUUUUUUUUUCACCAGAUGAUAUAAAUAAUGAACUACAAGCUGCCAAAAUAGUGCCUUUGAUUUUAUCAGAGAUUCUCAAACGAUACAAAGAAAAUAAGGUAAAAAAAAAAAAAAGAAAGAUAUUUCUUGAGUUAAAUCUUAGAAUUUAUUGUUUGAAACUCUUUUUUUUUCUGUAACCAUUGUAUGUCACUAAAGUUACUAUAGAUGCUAACUUAAUUCUUGUAGUCUCCAAUAUGCUGUGCUCGUUUCAAUAUCUUUUAAUAGUAUUUAUGUAUCUUUUUUUAUUGACCGUUUAUUUCCAAAUUGAGCUUCUUUUGAGUUUUUGUGUGUACUAACUUACGCUUGUUAAGUGUAUUGUAAUCAGUUAAAUGAUGAAUUGGGUUCUAAGGAAUUUCCCUCUGAUAUUUGUAAAGAUAAAAUCUUAGUUUUAGGAAGCUUUAAAUGUCGGUUUGAGCAAAUCAAUGAAUUGCCCUUAAACACAAGAGGUUUGAAAUGGUAACAAAAAAAUUCCCAAUAAAAAUAAGCCACACACACAAAAAAAAUUUCAGGUUUAAGAGAUUGAAACUUAAGAUAAAAGGGGUUAACAGAUUUUCCCCAUGUCCAUAAAGUGAUUAUAAGAAAAUAAAAAUGUGCUUUUGGAUUUUGCAGGACAUCAUGGGACCUUGCGAGGAGGCCUUGGCCAGACUGGGGGCCGGAGUCCCCCAUGUCGUGGAGAAGUCUUAGGCCCCGGCUCUUCAAGUGGCACUUCCUAACCGACCGUAUCGGUUUGAUGGCGAGGUGCCCGAGAGCUGUGAAGCAAUGGUCCGAAAAUGGUAUGUCCCCGUGAGCUCUCCAGAAAUCAAAUUGCGGAGAAAAAUUAGUAGCAUCAUGGAUAAGAAAUUGAAGAAAAAAGUGGGUCGGGCCAGUCCGUCUUACAAAGACACCAGCUCAUUGUAGAACAUUUGAGUCCACACAGAUGCAAAAGGAAAUGGUUUCCACUCUGUUAGUUUCAGAUUACUUUACAAGUUUGCAAUCUGUCAUCAUAAAUUGAUUCCACUUUGUUAGAUGAGAAAUAUAAACUUUUUAUCAUUUUAACUUUGUUCAAAUUCAUUUUAAAAAAAUAUCAACUGUGUCAUUAUUAUUUUUUUUUUUAAAUUAUUUAUAUAAUAAUUUUAAGUAAAAGAAUUUUGUUGAGUUUUAUCUAUAGGCUUAAUUUGUUUAAAAUGGCUAACUUCAUAUGGUGUGUUGCAAGAAGCUAUCAGAGAAAUCAGAGCAGCCGGUCUGAAGAUUCGAAAAAUUUCUUAACAUGUUACUUGGGCUGACGGCCUAUGAUAUUAAGACAUUCAUAAUAAACAUACUUACCGGUACUUUACUGUGUUUACUUGAUGAGGAACCCCUUCUUAAGACUGCAAGUAGUCCUGAUUGAAAGAUCUGUCUGAAACAAUAAAUGUUGCAACUUGUGAUACGAGUUCAAUUUGGAAUAAGUUGAUUUAAAUUUAAACCAUAGAUGAAAAUAUUCAGGUUUUUUUAUUUGCGAUUUGUACAUAUUUACGUUCUUUUUUUAAAAAAUGAACAGUAUUUUUAAAAAAUACUAAAUCUAUGUUUAUAACCAGUUGUUUACAUGUUUUAGAAAAUUUUGAUAUAAUAAACUGAUUUACAUGUUCCA